AUGGACCGGAUGGUGUUGUUUGUGGCGUUCCUGAUUCUGAUGGCGGCUUUCAGCGGCGGCGCCUGGGCUCAGACGCCCCCAACGGAAGCUCCCACGGGAGAUGACCCCUGCUUCACGGCUGUCUUGGACAACCUUUUACCCUGCGUGGACUUCCUGGAUCCCGACGGAAACCAGACGAAGCCCUCCAAGGAGUGCUGCAAAGGCCUCGAGGAUUUCUUGAAACGCAACCGCACAUGCAUCACCUUUCUCAUCAACGUCAAACCGGACGACUUCCCCGUCCCUGUCGACCAGAGGAAGGCCCUCAAUCUCCCCGGUGUCUGCAGUGCGAGUAUCCCUCAGCUUGACCAUUGUUUCCUUCAUUUCAUUUUUUCCUUCUACUCUCUUUCCCUGUGUUCUAGCGCAGUAUUAUUUGGUUUUCCAGGUUACAAUUCAGCCGCCCCCUCCCCCGCCUCUUCUCCCCCAAAGAAGGCCCCAUCUGCUCCCCCGCCCUCGCCUCAGACGCCCCCAACGGAGGCCCCCACGGGAGAUGACCCCUGCUUCACGGCUGUCUUGGACAACCUUUUACCCUGCUUGGCCUUCUUGGAUCCCGACGGGAACCAGACGAAGCCCUCCAAGGAGUGCUGCAAAGGCCUCGAGGAUUUCUUGGAACGCAACCGCACAUGCAUCACCUUUCUCAUCAACGUCAAACCGGACGACUUCCCCGUCCCUGUCGACCAGAGGAAGGCCCUCAAUCUCCCCGGUGUCUGCAGUGCGAGUAUCCCUAGCUUGACCAUUGUUUCCUUCAUUUCAUUUUUUCCUUCUACUCUCUUUCCCUGUGUUUUAGCGCAGUAUUAUUUGGUUUUCCAGGUUACAAUUUUACUAUCAAAAGUCGAAAUGGGCCGUCAGUUGAAAACGACAGUUGGGUUAAGAAGUGCAGUCGGAGAGGAGCUGCGAGCAGGGGCUCAGGCAGCUAAGACCAAUGGGGGCACGUGUGCGCCACUCCCCUUCUACAUCAUAGGUGGCUAGUUGACUGUGGGGCAAAGAGUGCUCGUACACGCGGAAGAAAUAGACUUACUUUCAAAUGUAAUAUUACUAUAUAUUUACCCAAAACUUCAACAUACAAGUAAUGUGGGAUUAAACUCGUGUCACACAUUCCUCAGAAAGCUUCGAUAAUUUUAAUACCUACAAUAUCUCUUAUUUAUAAUAGAGAUAUAUCAUGA